AUGCCUAAGCCAAAAAUUGUUCUUUACGCGGAAGCCCUGACCCACAUCGGGCAAUUAACUCUGCACGCCUCUCUACAAACGGAGAAGAAUGAACACACGAAAAUACUACUUUCGUCAGACAAGAAAGUCAUCACCGCCCUUCACGACGGUGAAUCUUCCAGCAUCUAUCUCCCAACUCAGAUUUCGGGCACUGCUCACGUCACAUUUCCCAUUGAUAAGAGGACAGAAAUCUCGACUCGGUUGCAGAUCGACGACGUUGGGCAGCUAAAGUCUGCAAGUGAUGGAUUGAGCGAUAUCGAAGCACCUUGGUCUGCAGUCAGCCUGCAUAGACAUAGUUCUAUUUCCUGCAGCCAAUGCGAGGCUACUAUUCUGAUGUCGGACAAAGUCGUCACCUGGAAAGAUUUGCCAAGCGAGAACUGGGCCGAGUUGAUGGACUUUUGGUUCUGCCACAAACCUCAUAACAAGCCGUCUACGCAUGAUCAAACAGCCCAUUCCGCGAACAUCGCCGCAAAGGGUAGAGUCACUCCCUCUCCUGGGGUGGGUUUAGUGGAUACCGUUUCGUUUUUCUUGUGUGGAGAAGAUUGUGUGAAUAUCGAGGUGACCAAGGAUGCUACGAAGGAAGGCGUCGAUAGUCUUCGUUGCCUUGCUUGUAACGGCUGGCUCGGAUCUGGCGCAGCGGGUGAGAACAACUACCGUCUUUACAAGUCCAGGUUAGCAGUAGUUCCAGAGCAAGGCCAACCGCCCGAGCGAUUCCCGGCAGCUGUCUUUCUGACCGCUCAGCUGCUGUCACUCAUUGGGAGCUCCGUCAGUCGUAGGGUGGUCGUCCAUGACGACAAGCCAUCUGAGUCCGAAAGUGGGCGUCCAGGUCUUCUCCUCUGGAUUUUCAAUCCUGAUAUCUAUUACUCCAGCAGUAAACGUGGACCCACUGCUCACCGGGCCAUGAAGGUAUUUUACAAAUCGCUUCCUAACCCAGAGGAGUUUCUGGAUGGUGCUGGUUCGAACUGUGAAGAGCUUGUUGUUCCCGAAGAAGACUUUUCCGACUUCAGACGGACCUUGGAAGAAAGCACAGAAAUCCUUCCCCCAUCGGCGCGAACCUUUCAGGAGUGGGACGUCGGUCUUCUGGAUCGUUGGGAAAAGAAUGCAACAGGCUCUGCGAGGAUGGAUGAAAACCCCUUGAACAAGAAGGUGGAAGAAGGAUUCGAGUUGUUCAAACUGCCGGCAGGAAUGGAAGAGCUUUAUCUUUGA